GUUUUACACGGAGAAAAUAGGACGCUACACGUAGCCGCCGCGGGGAAUUGUGGGUCGGGUUUACAUGGCAGCGCCCGUUGGAGUCAUGUUGAAUUAUAUGUUCCUGACAUUUGGUGUAUAAUAGCGAAACAUGUGGAAUCAAUUACGUAAACUGUUUAAUAACAGAACCGUGAAAUAUGGCGUCCCGAUGCUGCUGUUGGUCGUGGGAGGCUCGUUUGGCUUGAGAGAAUUCACACAGAUUCGUUACGAUGCGCAGAAGAUCCGAAAGAAGCUGGACCCUUCCCUGGAGGCGCGAGUAAACACUCAAAAUCAGACAGUCAUACUUCAGGAAGAGUAUGAGAAACUGAAGGAUGUGAACUUGAAGAAUUGGAGGAACAUCCGUGGCCCACGUCCAUGGGAAGAUUCAAAAGAGUACCAGGAACAACAGCGAUCACGACUCAAUAAAGGCACAUAGAACUAAAGAUUGUUCAUAAAACCUGUGCACUAUGAAUGUUUUGUUUGUCGCUGAAAGUUAAAUCAGCACUAUUGAAUUGAUUUGAGCAGAAACCAUCAGUUUAAAAUCUGUUUAUGAUUGGAUGCCAUGAGGAAAACCAUGUUAUAUUAACUUGUGAUUUGUAAAUAUACCUCGUAAUAUAUGUUUUAAUGUGUGGCUGAUUAUGUGUACUGUUUGCUCCUUUACUAGGGGUUUCAAAGACUCUUGAGUAAUGUAUAAUAUUUAUAAGAUAGGUAAGAUAGAAGAUUGUCUUAUUUUUGGCAUUUUUGCAAUGUUGAUACAUGUUCACCAUAAUGGAGAGCCCUUCACUUCAGAAUAUGCCUUAAAAAUUGCAUUAUAAAAUUUUGCCAGUACAUUA